AUGUCGACAUCCACAAAAACAGCGCGGCCAAAAAUAAAACAUAAAUCUAUAAUAUCUCAAAAACAAACAACAUCAUGUGUCUUAUCGGAUUUUUCUGAUUCAUCUGAAACUUGUAAUUGUAUUAAAGAUUUAUCGAUAGUUAUCGAUGAUAGAGAAUCUACCUUUUCGCAACAGCCUUCAUCAUUAGAACUACAUUAUCCUGUAUUUACUAUUGCUGUUGGAAUAUUUGAUAUUCUUAUGCUCUUUGUUGUAUACAUUGUUCAAGAAGGAACGACGAUAACGUCUGAUACAUGGAUUGUUAUGGGCUCUAAAUAUGUUCCUUGUAUGAAACCACUUUAUUCUACAUCAGAACAAGAAAUGUAUAAUACUCAAUUAAAAUCUCAAUGUCGACCAUUUCUAUUUCCUUAUCAAUUUUUUCGUUUUGUUACUCCGAUAUUUCUUCAUGGAGAUGGUACACACCUUUUAAGUAAUCUUAUUUAUCAAGCGUUAGUUGGGACUCUUUUGGAAGGAAAAUAUAGUAUGAAAAAAUUAGGAAUAUGUUAUAUUCUAUUUGGCUCUAGUGGUAAUAUUAUGAGUGCUUUGUGUAAUCCAAGGAGCAUAUCUGUGGGUGCAUCUGGUGCUGUUUAUGGUCUUUUACUCUUCUGUAUUAUUGAUAAUACUUUGCGAAUUUUUCCUACUAAUAAUAUUCAAGAGAAAAGUAAUCGAUUUUUCAUUACAUUUCUAUCUAUACCAUAUUUUAUAUGGAGUAUAUGUUUUGAUGUUGAUGGAUCGGGUCGUACUGAUCAUGCAGCACAUAUUGGUGGUGCAGUUAUGGGUAUUUUAAUAGCUGUAUAUUUAUGUGAUAUGCCAGAAUGUUUAACAAUCAGUUCUACUACUGCAUAUUCAAAGGAAUGUGCGAUUGGACCUACACAUUGGUGUAAAUCAUUUGAAAAUGCAGAAGAUUGUGGAGCAAUACGUCAUUGCACCGAUACAGCUUGGGUUAACGACAAUAAAUACGCAUCAAUUGAAUCAUCAACAACAUGCAAAUGGUGCCAAAAAAUUCUUGAAAAUACUUACAAUGGAAUACAAAAUUUAGUCAAUGAUGAAAAUGUAAUUGUAACUAAAUUGGCUGAGGGAUGUAAAUUAUUAUCAUCAAAUGAUUUCUCAUCCAAAUGUACGAACAUAAUCAAUACUUAUGGAACAUCAGUUACUUCAUUGAUGAAGAAUAAACGUUAUGCAACAAUAUGUCGUUUAAUGAGUAUUUGUUCAAGUGAACCGACUAUUGAAAAUCCACCAGUGAUUGUUGGACAAAAACGUUGUACAUGGGGUCCAUCAUAUUGGUGUUCAUCAUUAAGUAAUUCACGUGAAUGUGCUGCAACUGUUCAUUGUUCAAAUAAAGUAUGGUCACAACAAGCAAUUGAAAAGAAGAAAAAUGACAAUAUCUGUCAAUAUUGCGAAUUUGUUAUCGGAAAAUUACGUUCUUUUAUAAAUGAUAAUACAACAGAGAUUAAUGUAGAGAAAUGGUUAUCCGGUGCUUGUUCAAUGUUACAAACAAAAGAUGCAGUUGAUAAAUGUGUACAAAUGAUGAGUAAAUAUGCAGAUGAAAUUCUGGUUUUAAUCAAGAAUAAAAUUGAUGCUGGUAUAAUUUGUCAUUUGGGAGAAAUGUGUAACGAGGCAACAAUUGUCGUACGUGUUACACCUGAUGAAAAUCAACUGAAAGAUGUUGCUGAUGGUCAAGUUGAAAAGCAACUGAAAGACGUUGGUGGUGGUCAAGUUGAAAAGCAACUGAUAGAACUUGGUGGUGGUCAAGUUGAAAAGCAACUGAUAGAACUUGGUGGUGGUCAAGUUGAAAAGCAACUGAUAGAACUUGGUGGUGGUCAAGUUGAAAAGCAAUUGAAAGAAGUUGGUGGUGGUCAAGUUGAAAAGCAACUGAAAGAAGUUGGUGGUGGUCAAGUUGAAAAGCAACUGAUAGAACUUGGUGGUGGUCAAGUUGAAAAGCAAUUGAAAGACGUUGGUGGUGGUCAAGUUGAAAAACAAUCGAAAGAAGUUGUUGUUGAUGAUGAAAAAUCAAGAAUGUUAUGUAAUAUUAUUGUUCGUGCUACAUAUGACCUUCUUACUAAUCAACAGAAAACUCAACAUGAAAUUCACACAUUUUUGAAAGAUGAUUGUCAAAAAUUAUCGUCAUCUGAACUUAUACAAAAAUGUGGAGAUUUAGUUGAUCAACGUGGUGACGGUAUUUACAUAGAUGUACUUAAAAAAAAGGAAUUAUCAAAAAUCUGUGAUCAUUCUAGUGAUUCUGAUGUAGCUCAAUCCAUUUCACAAACUCCUUGUGAUAUAUGUACAUUCGUUUUAGCAACAGUUAAAUACAUGCUCAAUGCUAAACAUCCAGAAGAUAAAGUUCUUCUGUAUAUUGAUGAACAUUUAUGUUCAGAUUUACAUGGUGAAAUUCAAACAAAUUGUAAAUACAUGAUAAAAACAAACGGAGACGAUCUCAUUAAGAAUAUCCAACAUAAAACUAAACCAAUACUUCUUUGUACUUAUUUUCAAGUUUGUAUGGAUAAAAUUAGUGAUGGAACAUUUCCAGUACAAAAAAGUGAAAUGCGUUCAUUUCUCAAAGAAAGUAUUUGUGAUCAACUUGGUCCAUUUGAAGAAUCAUGUCAUGCAUUAAUGGAAACAGAUACGAAUCGUCUUCUGAAAACAUUUGUUAAUGAUAUCAAUGGUGAUGUUCUUUGUCAAAUGUUUGGAAUAUGUCCAAUGAAAAUGUCAUUUAUUGAUAAUUUAUCGAUUAAAGAUGAUACAAAUAAAUGCAAACGUUGUAUCGAUGAUUUCACACGACGAAAACAUAUUGCUGAAAAACUUCUGAAUCAUUCAUCAGAAUUUCUUCAUCAUUUCUGUGGACAAUUACCUCAAGAAGAUGAAUGUAUUAAAUCAGUUGAUGAAUCGAUAAAUAAAUUGGUUGAUUUUAUUCGAUCAUUAGAUCCACAAGGUAUUUGUAUUGAAUUAAAAAUGUGUGAUCAAACAUUACUAGAAAAAAUUCAACCACUUCAAAUAAGUUCAUCAGAUAAUAUCAUAAGUCAAGAAAUGACUAUAUAUAUUAAACACGAAAUCUGCGCAAGACUUGGACCAUUAUCCAAAUUAUGUACUCAAAUAAUAGAUUCAGAAGGUGAAAAUUUGUUUACUAAGAUUUCUAAAACUAUUGAUCCACAUCAAGUAUGUUCUAUACUUAAUAUAUGCCCGACAACUAAAUCAUUUGAAAAUUGUAAUGAUAAAUGUGAAUGUUGUGUAUCUAAACUUGAAGAUUAUCAAAUACGAUUAGCUUCAUUUUUACAAACAAUGCUUACGACAGCAAGAGCUCUAUGUGAUCGUAUGACAGAUGCUGACGACUGUCAUCAAGCCGCCACUGAAUUUGAAACGACUAUUAAUAAAAUAAUUAAUAGUUUUAAUGCCAAACAAAUUUGUCAAACAUUAUCACAUUGUUCAGCAGUUUCUACAGGAGACGCUAUCAAUGGUGAUAAAUGUACAAGUUGUAAAAAUCAAUUAAAUAUUCGUCAAAAUAAUUUCCGUGCUAUAAUCGAUGAAACAACUGGUCAUUUUCUUUCAUUUUGUACCAGUGAUGAUUGUCGUAUAUUUGUUGAAUUACUAAAGCAACAAAAAUUAUUAACUAAAAUAGAUGAAAUAAAUCCCUUGACAGUUUGUCAAAAUUCAGGUUUCUGUUCAUCGUUAUCGUCAGAACAAUCGGUACAAUUUUUUUCUGAUUUAAUGGCAAAUACUUUUUCGAACUUUGAAUUACCCGAUGAUAUUUGUUCAAAUUUUGGAGAUUUGAAAACUAUCUGUACAUAUUUAUUAACAUCAAAACAAAGCGCUCGUUAUAGCAAUAUCUAUAUGGCAUUUGUUAAAAAUAAUCUUACUAUAAUUGAUGAAGAUUUACGUGCACAAAGCACGGAUUCUUGUGAUACAUGUAAAAAUGCUGUUCAAUCAUCCAAAGAUUUUUGGUUAAAUACAUUAGAAUCAAUUCGUGAUGUUUUCUUACAAACAUGUGACCAUUGUCCAGAAGAAGAUCAAUGUCGAAAUUUUUAUAAUCAACGAUAUGAUAAUCUUAAAUCGUAUUUAGAUAAUAUCAAUCCUGAACAAUUCUGUCAAAAAACUCAUAUUUGUUCAUCAAUUGCAUUAUCGAAUACAUGUUCAAGAUGUGUUGAACGUUUCCAAAUGAGAAAAGAUGGAAUUUUACAAGGUAUUGAUCGAGUUGCAGGACAUUUCAUUGAUCUUUGUCAACGACAUGCUGAAAAACAAUGUCAAAUAUAUGUUAAACAUGUACAUGAUUUAUUACAAAAAUCAAUAGAAAAAUUCAAUCCAAAAGAAACUUGUAGUAUCAUUGGUUUUUGUACUAAGGAUGGCAAUGACAAUACACUAGAUUUCGAUGAAUAUGAAAAAAAUUUACAAGAAGAAAUUGAGAAAAAUAUUUGUUCAUCAUUGGGUUCAUACGAACCAUUAUGUAAAAACGUUAUUCAAGGAAAUACAAAAGAAAUACAAGCAUUAAAGAUCAAUUAUGAUAUUACAGAUGUAUUGAAAAUUGGAGAAGACUUAACGGAAAAUUUAGUGAAUGAUGAAGAACAUGUUGCAUGUCGCAAAUGUAAAUGUCGAUGUUGUGCUUUUCGAGUUGGUCAACGAAAACGUCGUUUACAGUUCAAAGGCAAUCAUGUAUUUUCCGCUUUAAUUCGUUCAUGCGAUCAUUGUCCAGCUAAACAACAAUGUCGUAAACAUUGGCAUAUGGCUAAAGCUCGAUUUGAUUGUCAUAUUGAUAAAAUAAAUCCUAAACGAGUUUGCACACAUCUUGGUUUUUGUAAUAAAACAUUAAUCGAUGAUAAUACAGAAGAAAUUUCAACUAAUUGUGAAAAAACAAUUGUAUCAGAAGUAAAAGAAAUUCAACAAAUUGAUACUUCUAAUUCAACAUGUAUUUUAUGUGAAUAUGUUAUGAAUAUUCUUUCUAAUUAUAUUCAUAGUCAAUCAACCGAAGAAGAAAUUGAACAAAGUUUAAAACAAAUUUGUAAUCAAUUACCAUCAAUCCUUCAUAAUCAAUGUCAAGAUUAUAUUGAUAAUUAUGGUCCAGCGAUUAUUGCAAUACUUCUUCGUGAAUUUGAUGUCUCAACAAUCUGUCAUAAACUUAAUUUAUGUACAAAUCAAAUGAAAAUCGAUAUUACACAUAUAAUGAAAGCCGAUGUGAAGACAUGUAGUAUUUGUAAUUAUAUCUCAACAAAUCUUUAUUUAGCUUCUCAACGUAAUUCAAAUGAAAAAUCUUUUCAACAUGCUUUAUCAACUGUUUGUUCAUAUUUAACUGAGGAAGAAAAUUCGAAAUGUCAAAUUAUAAUUCAAUUAUUUUCUUCAAAUAUAAAACAAUUAGAUUUAAAUCCAACUAAUAGUUUCUGUAAACAAUUAUCAAUAUGUGAAACACCAAUGAUUGAAUUAAAACCAGCUGUUAUAUUAGAUACAAAAGAUAAAAUUGAAUCAAAUAUUAACGAAGAAAAAAAAUCUUCUUCUAUGGAAAAUUUAAAUUUAGCACCAAAAUGUACAUUAUGUCAUUAUGUUAUUUCAUAUUUGGAUGCAGUUAUGAAAAAUAAUAAAUCUGAAGAAGCCUUUGAAGAAGCUUUAAAAAAAGUAUGCACUAUUUUACCAAAUAAAGAACGUGCUCAAUGUGAAGAUUUUAUUAAAACUUAUGGUUCUACUCUUGCACAAUUAAUUGCGGAUAUGGUUGAUCCAGAUACAGUUUGUCGACAACUUGGAAUGUGUCAAGAUUCUUUAGUACAUGAUCUAUAUGAACAAACACCAUAUACAUGUACUAUUUGCCAUUUUAUUGUUACUCGAAUGAAAUUUUUUAUUGGUCUCAGUCAAAAAGAAACCGAAGUUUUUACAUCAAUUAAAGAAUCAUGUAAUUUAUAUAAUGCAGAUCAUCUUAAAAAACAAUGUAAAGAUUUUCUUGAUCAAUAUGGAGAUCAUCUUAUUCAAAUGGUUUCGACUGAUACUGAACCUAAAGUUGCAUGUCAAAAUAUUGGUAUUUGUGGUGAAACUUAUAGAAAAACAAUCGAAAUAACAAUUCCAAUUUCAUCAUCAAUAAAAGAUGAUAAAUGUGCCGCUGGUAUGAACUAUUGGUGUAAAAGUCGUGAAAAUGCUAAAUUAUGCAAUGCUGUUGACAUAUGUGAACGUGAAAUUUGGUCGAAAAACAAAGAUAUUAUUUAUUAA